AUGGGCGUCUUCAGCCAACUUUCCGAGAGCUCCAAGCAAAACGCUUUCAGCCUUCCCGGCUUCAAGAAGGCUGACUGCUCGUCCGGAUCUCCAUCUGGCAAGAAGGAAGUCGAGUUCGGCAGCCCGCUCUUCUACACCUACUGCGCCAUCGGUGGAGCCGCCUCGUGCGGUAUUACCCACACGGCUAUCGUCCCCCUCGAUCUGGUUAAAUGCCGUAUCCAGGUCAACUCCGAGAAGUACAAGAGCAUCGGUACCGGCUUCCGUGUGACCGUUGCUGAAGAGGGAGUGCGCGCCCUCGCGAAAGGAUGGGCCCCGACCUUGAUCGGAUAUUCCCUUCAAGGACUCGGAAAGUUCGGAUUCUAUGAGGUCUUCAAGAACGUCUACGCUGACAUGAUCGGCGAGGAGAACGCGUAUCUUUACCGCACCUCGCUCUACUUGGCCGCCUCUGCCUCGGCCGAGUUCUUCGCCGACAUCCUCCUGGCCCCCAUGGAGGCGACGAAGGUCCGUAUCCAGACCUCGCCCGGUGCCCCACCAACACUCCGUGGCUGCGCUCCGAUGAUCUACCGUGCCGAGGGCCUUUCCGGCUUCUACAAGGGUCUGCCCCCACUCUGGAUGCGUCAGAUCCCGUACACCAUGAUGAAGUUCGCCUGCUUCGAACGAACCGUCGAGAUGCUCUACAAGUACGUCGUGCCCAAGCCCCGUGCUGAGUGCAACAAGACUGAGCAGCUCGGAGUCACCUUCGUUGCUGGAUACAUUGCUGGAGUCUUCUGCGCCAUUGUCUCUCACCCAGCUGACACUAUCGUUUCCAAACUGAACCAGGACGCUUCGGCCACGGCUGGAUCCAUUAUCAAGAAGCUCGGAUUCGCUGGACUCUGGAAGGGAUUGACGCCUAGGAUCAUCAUGAUUGGAACUCUUACCGCUCUUCAGUGGUUCAUCUACGAUACUGUUAAGGUCGUCCUUGGCCUGCCCCGACCCCCUCCCGCCGAGAUGCCCGAAUCCCUCAAGAAGAAGCUUGCCGCUCAGGGACAGCAA